AUGAACGUUGUGGUUACAGGUGCUGCCGGCUUCAUCGGCUCUCGAGUCGCCGAUGUCUUAUUAAAAGACGAUUCACCAAUCAAAGUAUCAAAAUUGGUGUUAGUAGAUAGUUUACCCCCACCAGAGAGGAAUGAUAAACGUGUGACCUGCCUUGCACUUGAUCUAACUGAACCAAGCGCUAUAGAUAAAGUGAUUACUGCUGAUACAAAUAUCGUGUUCCAUUUAGCCGCUGUUGUUAGUGGACACGCUGAAGCAGAUUUUGACUAUGGAUUGAAGGUUAACUUCGAUGCUACACGGGCGCUGGUAGAAAGAGCACGUCAUGUAUCUUCAUCUAUACGUUUUGUGUUUUCAAGCACUUGUGGAGCGUUUGGUGGGGACCUUCCUCCCGUAGUCACUGAUGGAACGGCGACUACUCCACAAUCAACAUAUGGGAUAGCCAAAGCUAUGUGUGAAUUGCUACUGAAUGAUUACGGUCGUAAAGGAUUCGUGGAUACUCGCGUUGUGAGAUUGCCCACGGUGAGUGUACGAGCGGGUACAGCUAACAGGGCUGUAACAAGUUUUGCAAGUGGUAUCAUUCGUGAACCUCUGAACGGCGAAGAAGCGGUAUGCCCUGUGGACGAAGACUUGAAACUCUGGUUAUCCAGCCCGUACACAGUUGUUAGGAAUAUUGUACACGCAGCGACGAUAUCUCAAGAUGUUUUGGGGCCAUGGAGGGUGAUUAAUUUACCGGGAAUCUGUGUUUCUGUACGUGAAAUGAUACAAGCGUUGCGUGAGGUCGCCGGUAACAAGAUAGCUCAGUUGGUGCGUUUUGAACGUGACGAGCUAAUUUCGCGUCUUGUUAGCAGUUUUCCAAGUUUGUUUGAUAAUACUCGGGGAUUGAAGUUAGGUUUCUCCGUCGAUGAGAAUUACGCAGACAUCGUACGCUUAUACAUUCAGAAUGAUUUAAAAUUUAAUAAAUCUAUGUAAACGUGACGUUAGCCUUCAUCAUUGUAUGGAUUAAUACACG